AUGUCGACAACGACAUCAGAGGCGAGAUCGCCGUUACCGUUGUUGUUAAGAAGAGGAAGGUCUUCGACGGCAACAGGGACGUCGGGAGAGAGAUCGCCGUUAUCUUUACUGUUCAGGAGAAGGUCGAGCAAAGACGUCGGGAACAUAACCUCUGUUUCCAGCAGUCUAUUGCCUGCCUUUGGGACUGUCAUCGAAGACGAUAAUGCUUCUUCCAAAUCUUACAUCGUCCUUCCUUAUGAUCGUCGUUACAGGUUGUGGCAAUUGUUUUUGGUGAUUUUGGUGGGAUAUUCGGCGUGGGCAUCUCUCUUCGAACUGGCUUUCGAGAAAGCCGCAGAAGGAGCUUUAUUGACCGUUGAUCUCGUCGUUGACUUUUUUUUCGCCGUUGAUAUCAUCCUCACUUUUUUCGUCGCCUACUUGGAUACAUCUACUUACCUCAUCAUCGACGACCACAAGCUCAUCGCCAAACGGUACUUGAAGAACGUGACGUUUGUGAUGGACGUAGCAUCAACGUUACCGAUUCAAUUUAUUUAUAAAUUGAUUACCGGAAACGUCGGACGAGGCCAAGUUUUCGGCUUCCUUAAUUUGCUUCGCCUCUGGCGUCUCCGUCGUGUUGCAGAACUCUUCAAAAGACUAGAGAAAGACACAAAUUUCAACUACUUCCUGAUCAGAGUCUUCAAACUUAUUUGUGUAUUGAUAUUUUGGACACACAUAGGGGGUUGCAUUUUAUUCUGGAUAGCCUACCAUUACCCAACACCUAUAGAAACAUGGAUAGGAUCACAAGUUGAGGAUUUCAAGGAGAGAAGUGUAUGGUUAGGCUACACUUACUCAAUGUACUGGUCCAUUGUCACACUCACCACCGUGGGCUAUGGGGAUUUUCACGCCGUUAAUACCCGUGAGCAGACAUUCAACAUGUUCUACAUGCUUUUCAACAUCGGCCUUACUGCUUAUAUCAUCGGUAACAUGACCAAUCUUGUUGUCCAUGGCGCUCUUCGUACAUUCGCCAUGAGGAGUGCCAUCAAUGAUAUAUUGCGUUACACGAGCAAGAAUGGGUUACCAGAUAUGAUGAGAGAGCAAAUGCUUGCGCAUAUGCAACUUAAGUUCAAAACAGCCGAGCUAAAGCAAGAAGAGGUUAUUCAAGACUUACCAAAGGCCAUAAGAUCAAGCAUUAACGAACAUCUAUUCCGCUCUGUAUUAGAGAAUGCUUAUCUCUUCAAAGGAUUCCCCAAUGGCCUCAUCGUCCAGCUGGUUUCGCAAAUAAAAGCAGAGUAUUUUCCGCCGAAAAUGGAGAUAAUAUUGCAAAAUGAGAUUCCAACGGAUUUCUACAUACUUGUGUCAGGAGGAGUGGAGAUAAUUGCAUCCAAGGGAGUGAGUGAACAGGUAUUAACAAAGUUAGGUCCGGGAGAUAUGGCGGGAGAGAUUGGAGUAGUGUUCAACAUUCCUCAGCCAUUCACUGUGAGGACAAGGAAACUUUCACAAGUUAUUCGAAUCGGUCAUCAUCAGUUCAAGGAAAUGGUUCAGUCUGACAUCGACGACGCCAAAAUCAUCAUGACCAAUUUCAUGACUUAUCUCAGGGGAUUGAAUGAUGAUUUGAAAAAAGAAAUCCCUUUUCUUAGAGAUUUAUUAGCUGACGCAGAUGCUCAGCCUCAGGAAACAAUUCAGACUGAGGAGACACCAUCGAGUAACAAUGAUGAGAUAGUUACGGUCUCAAGAGAUGAAAAUGAAAUGAAAGAAGAGAAAAAAAGAGAGGGAGUUCCCACGAGAGUGAUAAUUCAUGGACAUCCUCCUAAUCAUGAUAACAACAACAAUGAUGAUUCCAACGGUCGACUUAUCAUUUUGCCUGAUUCUAUCCAACUUCUGUUCGACUUAGCUGAGAAGAAGUUGGGGAAACGAGGAAGCACGAUUGCGAUGGCAGAUGGUGCACAUGUUGAACAGCUUGAAGCUCUUCGAGAAAACGAUCAUUUAUAUAUUUUCUAA